GAAAACAAACGUAAGACACAGGUCAGCUUUAGCUGCCUCCCUAAACGCCUCGUUAAAAAGUUGAGAUCGAUUUCUCCUAUUACAACGAGGCGUCUUAGGUCAAUUUUCUGAAAAAUCCAUAUUUUUAAUUUCGGUUGUUCAUCCUUAAUUUAUUUCUCUACUUCAAUUUUUCUAUUUAUUCAUAACAUCAUCGUUCGAUCGAUUUAUCCUUCCUCAUCCAUCCAUUCCUUGCCUUAAUCUCUGCGGAAGAUGGAGGGCUUAAUCAGCAGGCUAAGGAGUUUGGAUGCUUAUCCCAAGAUCAAUGAAGAUUUCUACAGCCGGACACUCUCCGGUGGCAUUAUCACUAUCGUUUCCUCUAUCGUCAUGCUUCUCCUCUUCAUCUCCGAGCUCCGAUUGUAUCUCCAUGCUGUCACUGAAACAAAGCUUGUAGUGGAUACUUCAAGAGGCGAAACUUUACGUAUAAAUUUUGAUGUCACUUUUCCAGCCCUUCCAUGUUCUAUUCUUAGCCUUGAUGCCAUGGACAUCAGUGGAGAGCAGCAUCUUGAUGUAAAACAUGAUAUUAUCAAGAAAAGACUAGAUUCUCACGGCAAUGUAAUAGAAGCACGACAAGAGGGUAUCGGUGCUCCUAAGAUUGAAAAGCCUUUGCAGAGACAUGGCGGCAGGCUUGAUCAUAAUGAGACAUAUUGUGGUUCAUGUUAUGGUGCUGAAGCGUCAGAUGAGGACUGUUGUAAUUCUUGUGAGGAAGUUCGUGAAGCAUAUCGUAAGAAAGGUUGGGCACUGUCAAAUCCGGAUUUGAUUGACCAGUGCAAAAGGGAAGGUUUUCUACAAAGGAUCAAGGAUGAGGAAGGUGAAGGAUGCAAUAUUUAUGGAUUUUUGGAAGUUAAUAAGGUGGCUGGUAAUUUUCACUUUGCACCUGGCAAGAGUUUUCAACAAUCAAAUGUUCACGUACAUGAUCUGCUGGCAUUUCAAAAGGACAGUUUUAAUAUAAGUCACAAGAUUAAUAGGCUAGCUUUUGGAGAAUAUUUUCCUGGUGUUGUGAAUCCUCUUGAUGGUGUGCACUGGACACAAGAAACCCCAAGUGGAAUGUACCAGUAUUUUAUCAAGGUUGUACCUACUGUGUACACAGAUAUCAGUGGGCACACAAUUCAGUCAAACCAGUUUUCUGUGACUGAACAUUAUAGAACUGCAGAAGUGGGUCGCCUUCAAUCCCUCCCAGGAGUUUUCUUCUUUUAUGACCUUUCUCCGAUUAAGGUGACUUUCACAGAGGAGCAUAUAUCAUUCUUGCACUUCCUAACAAAUGUCUGCGCUAUUGUUGGAGGUGUUUUCACUGUUUCUGGAAUACUGGAUUCAUUUAUAUAUCAUGGUCAAAGGGCAAUCAAGAAGAAGAUGGAAAUCGGUAAAUUUAGUUGAUAGCACGUCUGAUUGGCCUGGGUUGUUGCUGUAUUCUGUUUGGUUUGUCAGUAACUGGCUUCUCAAAUAGAAUUGGGUUGAAUGACACAACAUUUUGAAUUGUCCAGCGGCUUUGGAUCACAACUAACUUUCUGUCAAGAUUCAUGAUGUAUGAACCAAUGAAUUAGAAUUAUUUUUUAUAGUUCAUUUUAUAUUUGCAAUGAAAUGUCUCUUGGGUCUCAUUGUGGUUAAUGUAAUGGCACUGCUGAUACAAGUAUCUGGGUGAAAAGGGGCGUUUCAUUGUUUCCUUGGCUAAGAAAUCAAGAAUUCUGAAGUGGGAAUGAAGAAACAAUCAAGCAUUUUUGUCUGA